AUGGAAAUCGACGCACCGCCUCCAGCGGCCGCCAUAACCUUCUCCUCGGGAGCGGCCGAAAAGGGCAAGCGCAGCGCCGCAAACCUCCCGGUCGAGGCCGAGGACUCGCUUCCCUGGGUCGAAAAGUACCGCCCCGUAUCCCUCGCCGACGUGUCUGGCCACCAGGACAUCCUCGCGACCAUCAACAAGUUUGUCGACGCGAACCGCCUGCCCCACCUGCUGCUGUACGGGCCCCCGGGGACGGGCAAGACGUCGACGAUAUUGGCGCUGGCGAGGAGGAUCUACGGCGCCGAUAACGUCCGCCAGAUGGUGCUGGAGCUGAACGCGUCAGAUGACCGUGGCAUUGACGUGGUCAGGGAGCAGAUCAAGACGUUUGCAAGCACCAAGCAGAUCUUCACCAUGGGGCCGAAACCUACACCUUCAGCAGCAGCAGCAGCAUCAAACAGCAAUAACCCGUCCGCAACCCGCCCGACCCCCUCCUACAAGCUCAUCAUCCUCGACGAGGCCGACGCCAUGACCAACACGGCGCAGAUGGCCCUCCGACGCAUAAUGGAAAAGUACACAGCCAACACGCGGUUCUGCAUCAUUGCAAACUACGCCCACAAGCUCUCCCCCGCUCUGCUUUCCCGCUGCACGCGGUUCCGUUUCAGUCCGCUCAAGGAGGCCGACAUCCGUGUGCUGGUCGACCGCGUCGUCGAGGAGGAGACGGUCAACAUCCGGCCGGACGCCGUCGACGCCCUGGUCCGGCUCGCGAGGGGAGACAUGCGCCGCGCGCUCAACGUCCUGCAGGCCUGCCACGCGAGCAGCACGCCGCUGCGGGAGAAGGGUGCUGCCGCCGCCGCGGAGGACAAGGCCGUCGUGGUCAGGGAUACCAUCACGGUCGAGACGAUAUACAACUGCAUCGCGGCCCCGCCGCCAGAGGCGAUCAAGGAGAUCCUCGACACGCUGCUGGCCACUAGCGAUGUCGUGUCGUGCCUCGGCACCAUCAAUGCGCUCAAGACCACGCGGGGUCUGGCCCUUGCGGAUAUCAUAACCGCGCUCUCCGAGGAGCUGGUUAAGCUGGAGGUCAAGCCUGAGGUUAUGAUCACAUGGCUGGAUGGGUUGGCGGAGAUCGAGCACCGGGUUGCUGGCGGUGCGGGAGAGGCUGUGCAGACGGGUGCGGUGGUUGGUGUUGUGAGGAGAGGGGUUGAGUUGAUGGGUUGA